AUGUUCAUCUCAAGCAUCAAUUUGAUCUUCAUCGUUCUGAGCUUCCACAACAACGUGCUCGGCGAUCUUCACGGUCUAUUCUUCACGAGCAAGCCUUGGCACACCGCCUUCCUGGUUCUCAACUUCAGGGGGGACAACACUGUCAUCAUGGUGGUGGCAAAUGCAAAUGUCGGUCCGCUGAGAGCCCACUGGGAAUAUGUGCCAGGCACGGGUAUCCUCGAUGUGUUCGCUAUUCACCUUACUCAAUCGCAGUACGAAGAUGUUUCUGGCCUCUUCCCAUUGGACUACGACUCGCACACACUAUAUGGCGUUCUCAUGCCUUUCCCGGGUCUCACUGGUAAAAUUCUUGUCAUGAGCCAUGGGCUUGGUAUGUAUAAUGGACAGCCUUGAGCAAAGUGAUGAAUUUUUACUUUAAUUAUUCACCCAACAUGACACUACUUUUCUGCCGUCGGGUACUGACUAUUGUACUCACUAUUAUAUCACUAUCUGUGGGGAUGUGGUCACAGAGAAGUGUUCCCUCGUUGCUCAGAACAACUUGCUUUGGCUCAUAGAGCAUUUGCGGUUAACUUUUUUAUUUGGUGGAUUAUCAAUCUAGUCGUGUGGGUAUUUGAUUAGAUUGCUCAUCAGAGACGGUAUCGUUCAGCAUCAACUUUUCCAU